AUGCCUUAUGUUGCUCUCAGUUUCCCCAAUCAGCCACGACCUGAAAGACCCCUGCCAGAAUUGAUUGACGAUGAAGAAGAGUAUGAGAUUGAAGAAAUUGUCAAGCAGAGGGAUAAGGUGGUUGGUCACGGACAGAAUCAUCAGACUAUCACUGAAUACCUGGUCAAGUGGAAGGGUUACCCAAUGGAGGAAAACUCGUGGGUUAAACAUUCAAACAUGGCCAAUGCUGAAGAACUGGUCAACGAGUAUGAAGCCAGAAUUCAUGCAUUACCAUACACUCCCUCCUCCCCCUCAGAGUCAAACUCCGACAAAGUCCUAGCCCCAGUUAUAAACGCCGAUGGUUCAGACACGGGUCAUGGAAACAGGGCUAUUUCAACAACAUCGUCCUUCCGAAAACUCGUAGUUGACAUCUCAAAACAAAUGGAUAAAGCUCUACAGGAGGAAAAUGAAAAGUGGUUAUGGGAAAAUAACGUACCCCCAGACAACUUCUGGAAGUACAAACCCCCAAAAUCAGACCCUCGCUUUAACAAUCCCAAAGUACGAGAUUCUUACCUACAUCAUCAUGCGAAAGAAAUACAGGAAUCCCACCAUGAACAAAGACCCUACAUCGACCCGCCAAUUUUACUAGACCCUCCCUCCGAGGAUGACAAUUCCGAUGUCAAUCAACUCUAA